AUGAAAGAAUUAUUAUAUGAAAAAGAGCAAUUGGAAUAUGCGAUGAAACAGUUGAAGGAGGAACAUGUUGAAAAAAUAGAAGGAAUGAAAAAGAGUGAAGAAUGUUUGGCUGAAAAAGAAAGGUUAGUUUUUCAAAACAUUUAUGGGGCUACUCAUGUUAUUUUCCUGAACUCCAGGAAACGGGAGAAAAGCGGAGAAAACCUAUUCAUGGAGGCUGAGAAAGUACGAAAAAGUGGAGAAAAUGUAUUUUCUCCUGUUUUCUGAACAUGUUGAAAAAAUACAUAAACAGCGCUAUAUAGCCCCAUUAAAGAUGAAAAUCGUAUUAAAUUUUAGAGCCGAUUGUUGUGAAAAUGAAAGUCGCUCCGCAAAAGAAUCUGAAGAUGAAGUACGACGUCAAGUUGUUCUUUUGGAUAAAAAAUGCGAUGAUUUGAAUGCUUCAGUUGAAGAGUUGGAGAAAAAAAUAUAAAGCUCGAACAAUUGGUGCUUGAAGAACAAAAAUUUCGUUGGUGGCGAAAAAUGAAUGUUUGGUCAUACAUAAAAAAUUGCAAGAUUCCGAAAUUCAAAAUGACUCUCUUUCAAAUAAGGUAGAUGAACUUAAUCGUCAUAUCGAAAAUUUGCAAUUGGAACAAGUUAAAUUGAAUUAUGAGAAGGUAAGAAUUUUGAAAUACAAGCUUUUUUUUUUAAUUUUCUCAUUUUUUUAGGAAAUAUUUUCAAAAAUAUAGCUUACAAUUAGAGCUUUUCGAACUAAAAACAUUUUAUAUACCUUUUUAAUAAAAUCCCGAUUGGUGGUAUGGCGAAAUAUAUUAUUUUUAAAAAAUAAUAUAAUAUAGUGCACAGGGUGUAAUUUACUACCUCAAAUCGCUAGACCUCAAAUUUUUCAUUAAUUUUUGUGUAUCUAGAUCAAAAAUAUUUUUUCUUUAAAUCUCUCGAUUUUGCGCUGAAUUUCGUCGAUUUUAGUCCCACCCCUAAGAUCGUGUCAGGUCUCAAAAAAUGCGCGAAAUUUUUCGGGUAGUAAAUUACACUCUGUGUAGUGGGAGAAUAAAUCUAGAUUUGAACAAAAAAAUUUCAGUGUUUUUUUCAGAAUUCCAAUGAAGAAAUAUCUCAAAAGCUGCGCAAUGAAAUUCAAGACCUCAAUAACCGCCGCAAAGACGAUUUGGCCGAAUAUGAGAAAAAUAGUGUGGCUCUUCAAACUCUUCUCGAUUCAUCGAAUGAUACUAUAUCCAGCCUCGAGAUUAAUAUUGAGACAUCCCGGAAAGAUUUUGAAACAAAAAUAUCUGAGAGGGAAAAAGAAGAGGAAGAAAGAAGACAAAAUCUAAUGAGAGAAGUUCGAAAUUUGAAAGAAGGAUUGAAUAAGUUUGAAAACCAAAGACAAAUCUUUUCGACUACCAUCAAGAAAUUGGAGUCAACGGUCAAUGAAAAAACCGAGCAACUGGAAAUGUAUGAAAGAGAAAGUGAAAAUGCAAUGAUAUCUCUCAGAAUUUUACAAGAUUCUAACGAAAUGGUUCGCUUACAAAAUGACCAGAUGAGGGCUGAAAAAGAAUCAGCAUGUCGUGCACUGACCAAUGAUGAAAAACGUAUAAUAGAAUUGGAUAAAGAAAUUGAAUCAUAUGCUCGAGGUUUUACUGAGUUGGAAUGCUCAAAAAGAACGAUUGAGAAAGAAAAAGAAGAGUUAGUUGUCGCAAAAGAAUCUUUGACUGGUGAUAUUCAUAAUGCAAAUUCACAAAUAAACAUGUUGAAGAGCAAGGUGGAGAGUCUGCAUAGAAAAGCUAUCAAAUAA